AUGGCGCUCCUGGCUCCCCUCGUGCUGGGGGCCUGGCUGGCGGCGGGCGCCGGGGGCUGCCUGCAGUGCGACCGGCAGAUCCGCAGCACCCUGGAAUCGCUCCGCACCGGCCUGGUGCCCCGGCAGAUCCGCGACAGCCGCCUGCGGGCACGGGCCCAGGCCCUGCUGCGCGGCAUGGAGGGCGGGUUCUUCCGCCACUACGCCACCAGCCAGUUCGCGGGCACGGCCGCUCUGAGCAGCAUCAACGCCCUGAUCCACCGCGUGAGGCUGACGGCAGCCGGCCUGGAACGAAGCGCCCUAACAGACCAGGCCCUGCUGGACGCGCUGGUCGCUUUCAGGCGCAGAACGACCAUGGAGCUGAAAUCGGCUCUGAAGGAACAUCAGGCAAAAGCUUGUAACCCCAAAACCUGUGGCUGGCUCUACUAUGACGUCUUCGACUGCACCAGUUGCAGGAAGGCGAAAGCCGUGUGUCUGAAGCAGCACCACUGCCUUGUGGACUCCCAGGCCCGGCUCUCCCUGCGGUACCGGCCCCCGGCCCCUGGCCCGGCCAUCGCCCGGACCGGCGUCUCUGUGGUGCUGUGCAUGGGUGCCCUGCUCUUCCUGGCGCUGAGCGUCGCGUGA